AGGCCCCCGGUUCGUGAUGAUGCAAUUAACGCAACCUUUCCUAGGAUUUCGUAAUUUUCUGUCGAUCAAAAGGCUUUGUGAAAUGAGCGCACAACAGGUAACAUCGUUCUGUAGAUUAGGUCUAAUGAAUGAUUCGCUAGCUGUAGAUAAAUUUGCACGUAAACACAUAUAUUGCAAGUGGAAAUCGAGAACACGCGCGUAUGCGCACGCACGAUAAACUUGGCAGAGGAUGACGUAGAUUAACACGGGCUCGAGUGUAACCUUGAUCCGUACAUUGCAGCCUCUCUCUCCCUUUACCCUGCGACCCCUGAUCCUGCUAUUUCAUCCAAGCUCAAACGCUUCAGGAGUAAGAGCGGAACUCAUGUACAACAAAUCGACGCGUACGACGUCCUCUUCUCCGAAAUUCAUGUUUAUUACGAAUCCAAUGAUACAUUGCGAAAGACUCACGAAGUGAAAUCAGUUCGCCUUACGCUUGUACAUGGUUUCUUGAAGGGGCAGGGGAUUGUGGAACAAGGAAGUGGCAAAGAUAUUAUCGAUUCGCCAGAGCUCACGAGUUAACGGUUUGUUUACACGAGCGUGGGGGAAAGUGCGCAUGCGCGGCAGAACCAAAACAAUAAUAAGAGAGUAGAAGGUUUGUGGCUAGCGGACGAGCGGUCGCUCGCUUUAGAUGUACGAACGUUGUCGUGUCCUUUUCAUUCGAAUGUCUGUAAGUCAGUCGAACGACAAACAUUCAACUUCUACCUCUCUGAAAACAGUUGCUUGGUGAUCGUUCCAAGUAUUACAAUCGUCUUGAUUCCGAACGUAUACGCUGUGGUGCCGGAGCCAGACUUGCGUCAAAACGUGUAUUAUUGUGCAACGUGUGCUUGAACUGAAAUGUAAUACGACCGAGAGAGAAACAAUGUUGACGUUGAAGUAACUGCAGUCGUGUUAAAAAAAGAGACGGAGAAGAGAAUCUGUAUACGUUGAACGAAUUAGCGUGUAUAUAUAUUGCACGAGUAUAUGAGUAAGCUAUGCAUAUGUCAGUGAGAAUGUAUUCAUUCAAUUCUUUGAAGUAAAGCACGAGCAAAACUUGAUGAUUCGUCCAACAUUCGAGAAAAGGAAAGGCUUGAAGAGAGGGGGAAGGAUAGGUGGUGCGUAUUUACACAGUGAAUCACGCGUUCCAUGCGAUUACGAGACGCGGCUGGUAGUUUAGGCCAUCUAUGUUUACACGAACGUUUCUAAAUAUGUUCGUAAACAUCAAGUGCAUGUCAAACUGGAGAAACUAAAAGCACAGGUUGAUCACUUCAACUACUACCUGAUCGUAUACUAAUUAAAGACGAAUAUAUUUUACGUAUGUAAAAAAUUCAAGAAAAAGAAGAGGAGAAAAACAUACUUGGAAGACUAUUGUGUAGUGUGUGCAGUGUGAAAAACGUUUCGUGUGUAUUUACGAAAGGAAAAAAAGAGAGAAGGAGAAAGGGAAAGAAAGAGAGAGGACAAUAACACGUUGGCCGAGAGCGCGGCUUUAUUGUGCCCGCUGCUCGCCCGUAUCGUAGACGUGGAGGUGUAAACACGGCAUUCGUGCCAUUGUCCUUUUGUUCUCGUAGCCGGUGAACGGGGGAAAGUACGUACGCCAUGCCGAGCGCCGAGGAAACAACGUACUUGAUCGAAGUAGUGCCGAACACGACGCAAGACUUCCUCUCCCGCGACGUGGACCUUCUUGUAUCGCAGAUUAAAGAAAAUCUUCGACUAUCCAGCUUGAAGGCUAAGUCCAGCAUCAGUCAUAAAAGUCGACCGUCGCCUUACCAAAUACCGUCGAGAUCGUGGGCAGACCCAAAUAGCUGCGAGAUAUGCGGCACGAAAAAUACCGGUGACCACGAUCAUCGUCAUCACCUAAGUCAUCAUCAUCAUCACCAUCAUCAUCAUCAUCAUCAUAAAAGGCCCACUACAAGGGACGACGACCCAUAUGAGCUUCUACAGGAAUUGCUCAGAGAAGGUGGUUUAAUAAAAGAGGCUGUGAAAAGACUUCAAGCGAAUCUCGUCGACUUGGAUAAUUCUGAGGAGGAAGAAGAUGACAAACAAUCGUCGACGGUUUAUCGAAGAAAACCAUACUUUUACGAUUCCGAAGAUGAACAUUUACCACCGGUUUACGAGCCACUUGAGCUUUGAAACUGAAUUAUCGUGUAGCCGGCUCUAACCGGUAUGGGAUUUAAAGAAAGAUUCAUAGUGUACGGAUGAGGGUGAAAAAAGUUCGGUGUCCUUUAUUAACGGCCGUUUUCGUUCCCCGAUUUACCUAUCUACGGUAUAUCGUGCGUGCGUGUAUGCGUAUGUAUAUGUGUGUGUGGGCGUGUGUGUGUACACACGAAAAGGUGUUGUCAAAUGAGAACAUUCGCCCCCUAAGUGAAACAUAUGUGGCUCGUAUCGAAAGAAAGUACAACGAGGUAAACAUAAUUAGCCAAAAACUCGCCUUACAUGGCCGUGUUUGUAAAUAUGGUAUGUUGUUAUUCGAAGCAGUUUCACGCACAGGGCUUCGGGUAACUUCGGCUAAGAUCGUCAGCAUAUCGACAGUCCACGAGGCUUACGUGGAAGACAUGGCCGCCUCGAUCGAGCCCUCGGAUUCGAUUUACAUGACAACAAAGUUCAUCGUUUUUUAAAAGUACGAGUUCGUCCCUCUUUGAAUAAAGAAAAAGAUAAAGAAGAGUUCCUGAGUGCUGUUCGCGUCCAGGGUAAUAGAAAAUGAAAUUUUGGAAACAGUGAUCGAUGAUAAUACUGCAAAACUGUUUAUGAUUGAAACUGUAUAUAAUUCAGUCUUUUCUAUACAAAAAUUUCCAGUUUUCCAUUUGUUUUGAUAAGUUCUUCGUUUUUUUUUAUAAUUAUGCAAAGUAAUUUUUGAUAGCAUACCGUUAAUGCGAAAUAUCUAUUUAAACGAAAAAGAAAAAAAAAAGAAAAACGAGAAAGAAAGAAACGUUGGCAACUCUUAUGACCUAACGUGAAUCGACAGCAUAAUAAACCAGCAUAGUAAUUUAAUGCUUAUUUGAAUUCUUCUGUUACUUCUAUUAUAGUUAUUUUUUAAUAGCGUGAAAUGCAGAAAAGAGCACGCGUAUGAACGAAAAGUAUCCUAUAGGAUAUAUUAGUUGAAAAAUUUGGCUCGAUUUAUUCGGGCUGUUAUAGUCCAGUCACUAUUAGAGGAGUCAACUAAGUAAAUCGUUUGAGAAAUCAAUCAACGAAUUAUACAGGGUGUUUGGUUUAACUAGAAAUUAUCAAGUAUCUCAAGAAAUAUGGGAGAUACGAAAAAAUAUUUCAGAUAAACGUUGUAGGGUUUAGGUUAGACGUUCUCGAGAUAUGAGCUUUCAAAAAUUGAUAUGCUGCCGGCAUUUUACAGCCACUAUUAGUGUAUAAAGUCCAACCAUGCAACCUCCUCGCGAUCGACAUUGAGUAAUACUAAUGCUGACAGCGUGUCAACUUUGAAAAUUCAUAUCUAGAGAGUGCUUUGUACAAAAGAUAAAAGUAGGUAAAGUUUGAAAAAUAUUUUGAUGUAAUCGACAAAAAUAUGUAAUAAAAUGAUAUAGGUCCACAUUUAAAGAUUUAAUCGCAGUAUUUACACAGCUUUUCAAGGCUAUGACUAGGUCAAAUAAAUAUUAGUACCGUCUGUCCUCUUAGAUACCCUAUAACUUUUGUCUGAAGCAUUUUUUCAUAUCUCGUAUAUUUUUCGAUGUAUUUAACAGUUUCUACUUAAAUCUGAUACACCGUAGGAACGUUUUUGCGCGCGGAAGCAUUGCAAUUCGAAGGAUGGUGAUCUCAUUUACGUUUUUUAUUUUUCUUCUGCACAACGAACGAGUUAUUCGGUUGAAAUAGAACAACAAUGUAACGUUCGUUAGUUGAGUUAUAUACAUAUGUAUAUAUAUA